UUGCGAUAACAUGAAUUUUGUUUAUACAUUAGGGUAAUGAACGAUAAAUAUACUUUUUGGAAAUAAUAUAAAUAAACAUGCGUUAUUUAUUCAAAAAGAUAAAAUAUAGGUAUAUAUAGGUUAUAAUAAAGUUUAAUAAAUUUACAUAAUUCUGAAAUUUUUGUCUUGGGCUUGCCGAUAUUAUCGAAUAACAACAUGCGGAUAUUGAUGUUCCUCAUGAUGGCUGCUAUGCCAGUAUAUGUGACAACAAUUCCGUAUGAUCGACAAGAAAACACUGAUAACAAUUUGAUGAAAACCUUACGAAAUGAGAGAGGGGAUAAUAACGGUUACGACAGUGAUAAUCAAAAAAGAAUAAAUGGUCUGAGAGAAUCAACUGUAAAUAGUGGCAUUAAUCACGCUGGAAGACAAAAUUUCGAUAAUAGGCUUCAUAGUAAUAGAGGAAAUAUUGAUAAAAGAAAUAGAGGCUAUAAAUCAGUAGACAACAGCAUUAAAAAUAGUGUAGACAACAAGGUAAGACAUACUGGAAGACACAAUAAUGGUCACAACUUAGUAGGUCAUACUUCUGCCAAUACUCUAAGUCACUCAAUUAGAAAUGCUAGGGGAAAUCACAAUGGUAAUAACUUUGCAGGAUACCCUGUCAAUCCCAGCAGUGAUAACUCGAUAGCCAAUACCGGUGGCAGUGCACUUGAUAACACGGUAGGAAUUAUAAAUAGAGAUAGUAGGCCUGAUACCUCAGCAGGAAGUACUGUUUCCGAUCCUCAUGGAAUUGUAGAAAAUGCUCCGGAAAAUAGGGAUGAUAAGACUGUAAAAACACAGGCUGUUGAAAGUACUGUAGGAAAUAUGAAUGGGAAUACUAGUCCUGAUAAUUCAGCAGGAAGUUCUGUUUCCAAUACUAAUGGAAUUGUAGAAAAUGCGCCGAGAAACGAGGACGAUAACAAACCUGUAGGAUCACAAACCGUUGAUAGUACUGUAGGAAAUAUGAAUGGAAAUACUAGUCCUGAUAAUGCAGCAGGAAGUUCUGUUUCCAAUACUAAUGGAAUUGUAGAAAAUGCGCCAAAAAACAAGGACGAUAACAAACCUGUAGGAUCACAAACCGUUGAUAGUACUGUAGGAAAUAUAAAUGGAAAUACUAGUCCUGAUAAUGCAGCAGGAAGUUCUGUUUCCAAUACUAAUGGAAUUGUAGAAAAUGCGCCAAAAAACAAGGACGAUAACAAACCUGUAGGAUCACAAACCGUUGAUAGUACUGUAGGAAAUAUGAAUGGAAAUACUAGUCCUGAUAAUGCAGCAGGAAGUUCUGUUUCCAAUACUAAUAGAAUUGUAGAAAAUGUGCCAAAAAACAAGGACGAUAACAAACCUGUAGGAUCACAAACCGUUGAUAGUACUGUAGGAAAUAUAAAUGGAAAUACUAGUCCUGAUAAUGCAGCAGGAAGUUCUGUUUCCAAUACUAAUGAAAUUGUAGAAAAUGCGCCAAAAAACAAGGACGAUAACAAACCUGUAGGAUCACAAACCGUUGGUAGUACUGUAGGAAAUAUGAAUGGAAAUACUAGUCCUGAUAAUGCAGCAGGAAGUUCUGUUUCCAAUACUAAUGGAAUUGUAGAAAAUGCGCCAAAAAACAAGGACGAUAACAAACCUGUAGGAUCACAAACCGUUGAUAGUACUGUAGGAAACACAAAUGGAAAUAUUAGUCCUGAUAAUGCAGCGGGAAGUCAUGCUUCCAAUACUAAUGGAAUUGUAGAAAAUGCGCCGAAAAACAAAGACGAUGACAAACCUGUAGGAUCACAGGCUGUUGAUAGUACUGUAGGAAACACAAAUGGAAAUAUUAGUCCUGAUAAUGCAGCAGGAAGUACUGUUUCCAAUACUAAUGGAAUUGUAGAAAAUGCGCCAAAAAACAAGGACGAUAACAAACCUGUAGGAUCACAAACCGUUGAUAGUACUGUAGGAAAUAUAAAUGGAAAUACUAGUCCUGAUAAUGCAGCAGGAAGUUCUGUUUCCAAUACUAAUGGAAUUGUAGAAAAUGCGCCAAAAAACAAGGACGAUAACAAACCUGUAGGAUCACAAACCGUUGAUAGUACUGUAGGAAAUAUGAAUGGAAAUACUAGUCCUGAUAAUGCAGCAGGAAGUUCUGUUUCCAAUACUAAUAGAAUUGUAGAAAAUGUGCCAAAAAACAAGGACGAUAACAAACCUGUAGGAUCACAAACCGUUGAUAGUACUGUAGGAAAUAUAAAUGGAAAUACUAGUCCUGAUAAUGCAGCAGGAAGUUCUGUUUCCAAUACUAAUGGAAUUGUAGAAAAUGCGCCAAAAAACAAGGACGAUAACAAACCUGUAGGAUCACAAACCGUUGGUAGUACUGUAGGAAAUAUGAAUGGAAAUACUAGUCCUGAUAAUGCAGCAGGAAGUUCUGUUUCCAAUACUAAUGGAAUUGUAGAAAAUGCGCCAAAAAACAAGGACGAUAACAAACCUGUAGGAUCACAAACCGUUGAUAGUACUGUAGGAAACACAAAUGGAAAUAUUAGUCCUGAUAAUGCAGCGGGAAGUCAUGCUUCCAAUACUAAUGGAAUUGUAGAAAAUGCGCCGAAAAACAAAGACGAUGACAAACCUGUAGGAUCACAGGCUGUUGAUAGUACUGUAGGAAGCAUUAAUGGAAAUACUAGUCCUGAUAAUUCAGCCGUAAGUAAUGCUUCUAAUACUAAUGGAAUUGUAGAAAAUGUGCCGAAAAACAAAGACGAUGACAAACCUGUAGGAUCACAGACUGUUGAUAGUACUCUAGGAAACACAAAUGGAAAUAUUAGUCCUGAUAAUGCAGCAGGAAGUACUGUUUCCAAUACUAAUGGAAUUGUAGAAAAUGCGCCGAAAAACAAAGACGAUGACAAACCUGUAGGAUCACAGACUGUUGAUAGUACUGUAGGAAAUAUUAAUGGAAAUACUAGUCCUGAUAAUUCAGCCGUAAGUAAUGCUUCUAAUACUAAUGGAAUUGUAGAAAAUGCGCCGAAAAACAAAGACGAUGACAAACCUGUAGGAUCACAGACUGUUGAUAGUACUCUAGGAAACACAAAUGGAAAUAUUAGUCCUGAUAAUGCAGCAGGAAGUACUGUUUCCAAUACUAAUGGAAUUGUAGAAAAUGCGCCGAAAAACAAAGACGAUGACAAACCUGUAGGAUCACAGACUGUUGAUAGUACUGUAGGAAAUAUUAAUGGAAAUACUAGUCCUGAUAAUUCAGCCGUAAGUAAUGCUUCUAAUACUAAUGUAAUUGUAGAAAAUGCACCGAAAAACAAAGACGAUGACAAACCUGUAGGAUCACAGAGUGUUGAUAGUACUGUAGGAAACACAAAUGGAAUUAUUAGUCCUGAUAAUGCAGCAGGAAGUACUGUUUCCAAUACUAAUGGAAUUGUAGAAAAUGCGCCGAAAAACAAAGACGAUGACAAACCUGUAGGAUCACAGACUGUUGAUAGUACUGUAGGAAAUAUUAAUGGAAGUACUAGUCCUGAUAAUGCAGCAGGAAGUACUGUUUCCAAUACUAAUGUAAUUGUAGAAAAUGCACCGAAAAACAAAGACGAUGACAAACCUGUAGGAUCACAGAGUGUUGAUAGUACUGUAGGAAACACAAAUGGAAUUAUUAGUCCUGAUAAUGCAGCAGGAAGUACUGUUUCCAAUACUAAUGGAAUUGUAGAAAAUGCGCCGAAAAACAAAGACGAUGACAAACCUGUAGGAUCACAGACUGUUGAUAGUACUGUAGGAAAUAUUAAUGGAAAUACUAGUCCUGAUAAUUCAGCCGUAAGUAAUGCUUCUAAUACUAAUGUAAUUGUAGAAAAUGCGCCGAAAAACAAAGACGAUGACAAACCUGUAGGAUCACAGACUGUUGAUAGUACUGUAGGAAAUAUUAAUGGAAAUACUAGUCCUGAUAAUUCAGCCGUAAGUAAUGCUUCUAAUACUAAUGGAAUUGUAGAAAAUGCGCCGAAAAACAAAGACGAUGACAAACCUGUAGGAUCACAGACUGUUGAUAGUACUGUAGGAAAUAUUAAUGGAAGUACUAGUCCUGAUAAUUCAGCUGUAAGUAAUGCUUCUAAUACUAAUGGAAUUGUAGAAAAUGCGCCGAAAAACAAGGACGAUAACAAACCUGUAGGAUCACAAACCGUUGAUAGUACUGUCGGAAACACAAAUGGAAAUAUUAGUCCUGAUAAUGCAGCAGGAAGUACUGUUUCCAAUACUAAUGGAAUUGUAGAAAAUGCGCCGAAAAACAAAGACGAUGACAAACCUGUAAGAUCACCGGUUGUUGAUAGUACAGGAGGAAAUAUGAAGGAAAACACUAAUCCUGAUAACUCUGUAGGAAGUAUUGUUUCCAAUACUAAUGGCGUUGUAGGAAAUAUUCUAGAAAGCAACGACGAUAAGCCCGCAGGAAGUACUGUUGACAAUACCCCCAGUCUCAUCGUUAAAAACAACAGUAAUAUCAACAGUGAUAAUAACUCUGUAUCGCAAGCUGUCAGCAGUCCUGUAGAUAGCACUGUAGGAAACAAUGAUAUUGAUAACUCAGCAGCAAAUGCUGUUGUUAAUAUUAGUGCCAUCACUGCAGGAAAUCCUUCUAAAGACAAGAGUAGUGGUAAUCUAACAGCUUUACCUAUCGAUAAUAAUCUUGAACCCACACCUAACAACCAUCCUGAGAACAAUAGUGGAUCUAUCCCGAUAGUGAAUACCAUUAGUAGUCCUUCUGAUAACGCCGCAGAGCAUACGGAUGGAAAGAAUAGCAGUGAAAUAAUUGGACCAACCGCUGAUGAUAUUAGUGGAAAUACUGUAGCAAAUGCUUCAGAGAACACCAGUAGUAACUUAGCAACCAAUAUUACCAAUAAUACUCUCGAUCAAACUGUUAAUCACGAUCUCAAUAAUGCUGUUAAUAACUCUGUGGUAAAGACAGUGGAUAGUCCUCCCGUAAUCAAUGCAGGCCCCGUAGACAGUACUAAUGUUAAUACUGUUGUAAGUACUCCUGCUAUUGACCCAGUAGGAAAUACUGUUGUCAGAACUUCUAGUAGCGCUAUUGCAAAUACGGGUCAAAUUAAUAGCGCUAAUAGUUUAGUAGAUAAUGCUGUUCCAAUUACUAUUCAAACACCUGUACCAACUUCUCCUGGAAUAAUUGACGGCUUCAAUUCUGUCAGCAAUGCUAUCGAGAAUGCUGUUAUAAGUAAUACUGGCCUAUUCAAUAACGGUUAUCAUUUGUUGCAAAACACGAUUGGUAACACAAUUGAAAAGAUUGGUGUGAACAGUUAUUCUAAUAACAACAGACAAAAUACUAACAGUGACCAAAAAGUUUAUACAGGAAAUAUUCUUAGUUUCACCCCAGCAGUUGCUGUAGAGCCUAGUUUGACGAAUGUACGAAACCUUGUUUCCUACAUGAUAUACCAUCCACCGAUAUUGUCAUUUUUAUUCUGAUCUUCAUAACCAUUUUCUGACGAGUUGGAAAAUUAGCAAUACGAUCUUGUAAGGACUGUACAAUAAAAAGCAAUGUUUUAUUUAAUACAAAUGAUGUUUUCUAUACAUACAUAAAAUCCUAUUUUCGUAUAGAAACUAUUUCUUGUUCAAAAUAUUCUUAUAAAAUUCGAUGCAUUCUCAUUGAUUUCUGAAGAGAUUUUAAUAAAAAAUUAAUGAGUUCUAUGACAAGUGUUAUAUACGCAUUACACAUACAUCUAUGAGAAUCUAUCGUUUUUUCUAAGCAGGGGUCCUAUACUAUAGGCAAUAUUCCUUAAUUAUGAAAAGUACACCAUAAAUAUGAAGAUCCUCUGUAACGUAUACACUGUAAAAAAUCACCGGGGUAAAUCCAAGCGGUGUAGGUGUCAAAAUUUGCGGUGUCAAAUUUCAACACCGAAAGCGGUGUGAAAAUAACGCCGCCGCCGGUGUAAAUAUUCUGUACCGGUGUUAAAAAAAAUUCUCCGGUGUUAAAAUAACGCCGCCGCUGGUGUAGCUAUUCUUUACCGAUGUUAAAAUAUUUUAUUUUGUGAAUAUUUUUACU